AUGGCUAAUAACAAUGAUUGGAACUAUUCGAAGGAGCAAGUACUUGCGGAUAGUGUGACACUGAUAUCCGCACCCACUAACAUCGCAACCUUAAAUUUAAAGACAUCUUCCGAGGCACUAAAAUUGAGGCGGCUAAUGCAUCAGAGAUUCGCUGUUAUACCGGUUUGGUUAAAUAAGGUUGGCGAUUUUGCACCACUUUCGAUUCACAAGACCUCAGUCAAGUUUAAUGCCCUAGCUAUUGAAGAUUCAGACGAAAGAACUGGUGAUGAAGGCGAGGAUGUUGUGGCUUCUACUUCAAGU